AUGUCUACGAAGCGGGCAGCAUCAUCAAGAGUUGAACUCUCGCCGUCCGAGAGACUGCAAAGAUCUGACCAACUUUUCUCUAAGCUGACCAAGUGGGAGAUACGAUGGAGGGACCGACAAUCCUUUCUUCAAACACGAGGAUACAUGUUGCGCCCACGAUAUCGCCCUGGUUGGAAUCCAUCCUGGAGAGGAAGCGGCCUACAUCCGAGACUGUUUGAAGACUCUAUAGCACUUCCGUUUCGUGAACACCUUAUCGACGCCACUAGAAUUUCUGACAGUCAACUUGUGUACAUCAAGCGAGUGAAGACAGGCGACAAUGAGUCUCGGAUAGCCAUAAAUUUAUCUGCGCCGUCUAUUCGCGAUGAGCCAGAUAAUCAUUGUGUUCCUAUACUCGACACAUUUCAAGAUAUAGAUGAUGACCAAAUUUCAUAUAUUGUGAUGCCUUUUCUCCGGCUUAUCAGCAGACCACCUUGCGAAACAGUCGAAGAUGUAGUGGAUUUAGUCGAUCAACUGCUUGAGGGCCUUGUUUUUCUCCACAAACACGGUGUCGCGCAUCGAGAUUGCUCUUAUAAGAAUAUCAUGAUGGAUGCAGCCUUACUAUUCCCACAGGGUCACCACCCUGUCAGAGAAAACUACCUACCAGAUGGAUUGACGCCCACUUCUUCUCUUCCUCGUACUGGCAUACCUAUCAAGUAUUAUUAUGUUGAUUUUGGCAUCUCCGUCCACAUUCCACCCGAUCAAUUCCCUAAACUUGCACUAGGUGCAUUUGGGCGAGACCAAGAAGUACCCGAGUUAUCGACUGAAGUGCCCUACGAUCCAUUCAAAGUGGAUAUUUUUAUCAUUGGCAAUGUCUUUCGCCGAGAGUUUCACGACAAAAUCUCCAACAUUGACUUCCUCGUACCUCUUAUACAGUGCAUGAUACGCGUGGAUCCUGCCUUGAGGCCCGGUGCUACAGAGACGCUCACCCAGUGGAAGAAGAUCCGUAGUUCCAUCUCAGGUCUCCACAGACAGUGGCGGCUGAGAUUUCGCGACGAAUCUCUCGUGUCCAAAGUCAUUUCCGAUACCACUUGUUUGGCAAAAGGUGUUGUAUAUGUCGGGCGGCGGGUGUUUGAGUGGACGGUCUCUAUACAGGGAUGA